AUGUUGCUAGGUAAACUCUGUCAGAACCGGGGAUUGACGGAUUUGACGCUUCGCUUCGGGCGGGCGACCUGGCAAUGCUGUGCCCGCAAGAACUCUUUUCGUCCCCGGCUGCAUGAGCGUGAGGAUUGGAAGAGUGCCUUCUCCCCUACCCCUCUCUCUUCACCGGUGUCGGUCGUCUCAGAUACUUUGACGGCCCGGCCAACAACACCAAGCAGCCCUGUCCAGAUCCCGAGGACGACCAGCCGGGAAUCUUAUUUCGAUACCGCCCACCCUGUGCGACGCCAUCACAACCUUCGCCGCAAGGCCCCGAGCCAUGUCCGCUCACCAGAAUCUCUCUCACCAUCGGUGGCUGCGCUGCUGGCCGUCACUGACAUUCCCCGGCCCCGACGAACGCAGCGGAAAUCCCGUGGGACUGACAAGUUGCUGACCGCCGAUGUCAUUAUCGCCGAUGAGAGGUCACUUUCCGAGAAGGAGUUUAGCUGGUCGCUGAGUCGCGGCAGCCCCAUGGAGGUGUUGAUGUCGCCUCCUGACAGCUUGGACGAGGAGUUCCUGGGUAGUGACUGCGGCAGCGUCUCCAUGGCCCGGACGCUCUCUGUCGAUUCCAUGCCAUCUCUCGGCGACUCGUUUGGCACUGAGUGCAUUUCUUCCAUCGACACCCCUCGAAGUUCGAGCCCCCAACCCCUUCAUCGGCGAAAGGCCAGCCCCAUCCGCAGCUGCCUGGGGCCAAUCCGCUCUCCUCCCGAUAGUAUCGUUGAGCAUCCGCUUUCUCCAGAGCCUCAAGACGAAGAUGGGCUCGACUCGCUGGGCCUUCAAAGCACUGGGAGCGAUGCAACAACCUCCUACCAGUUCAUCCCGUUCAAGCCCCUUCGGGCCGUCUUCAAGUCCAACCUCACGGCAUCACUACGAGCGCUGCGAUCGGCAGCCAAAUCCUUUUCGAACCUCAACUUCCCAACUAUUCCACCCGACGAUCUCAUUACCCGCUCCAUUCUCACCAUGGACCCCAAGGUGCCUUACGCUGACGAGCGCCGACCACCCGUGACGGAGGAGAUCCCGUCUGCCGAGCUUCGCCGCUACCUGAACCCAACGACGAGGCUGUCGCGUGAGACGCAGUCUCGACCUCUGCAGCAGCCCGGCACCUUUGCCGCAUCGAUCCAGAUGCAGACUUACAAGAUUCAGCGCAGCCGACCCACAGACGCCGCGGCGCGCAAUGCGUAUCCAUCUGCCUCACCGCUGUCUCCAUCGUCUGCCGCGGGCCAACCUGCACCGACGCCGGCCCAGGAUUCAAUGCCGCCCCUGCCUGCAAUGCGCCAGCGCGAGAUGCGAGAGAACCCAGACUUCAUUCGCAUUGCCGUCAUGGAGAUGCUCAUGCGCAGGCGGGGGAAGCUGGACAAUAGCAAGCCUGGACGUGCGCGCUGGGCACUGCCACCCAGGAAGACAUCGACUAAACCCUACGCGAUUGGACCCGACGGUGUUCCAGAGCGAUGGGUCCCUCUGUCGGCUGCUGCUUAG